AUGCUUUUGUACUCGUUAUCUAUCUUCGCACCAUCCUAUCAUCCUACGUCACCCACACAGCCGGUGACGCAAGCGCCAUCCCACCCUAAACAUACCGACAAGCCCAAGGAGGAAUCUCUGUCAAUAUGGCAGAAGAAGGCAGAUUUCAUCAUGGAACAGGCGAAAGCAUUGAUUGAGGACCCAAUCCAACCCCCUUACAAGGACAAGUUCCACGACCUCGGUCAACGGGUCAUGCGUGCCCGAGAAUGGGUCAAAGUCAUCGACAACGCUCCCAAGUCUGCGAAUACCCAAGUCCUUGUCGAAAUGGUGGAGAGCGCAAUCGGAUCUUGCUUUCCCUUCAUCCAGAAUUCACCGCAGCGUCCGGGUAGCAAGACCCCCUUUUCAGACCUGCGUUCGUCCAUCAUUCCGGGAUCACGGGGCUUCGUCAUUGCGACAGGCAAGGGAACCAUGAGAUAUGCGACUCACCUCAUUGGCUCACUGCAAGAGAUCUUGAACAGCAACAUGACGAUUCAAAUAAUCUAUGCCGGCGACGAGGACUUCCCACCCGAGGGACGCGCGAAGUUGCAGUCUCGAUUUGGCGAUGUCCAGUUCCUUGACAUCCUCAGUGUCGUUGACGAUACGACGGUGCAGCUCGCCACAGGCGGUUGGGCUAUCAAGGCCUUUGCAGCGCUCUACGCACCUUUCGAGGAGGUGAUCCUCUCGGACGCGGAUUCUGUUUUUGUACAAGUUCCAGAAAAACUGUUCGCUGAUCCCUCCUACCAAGCGACCGGUGCUCUCCUCUUCCACGAUCGCUUGAUUUGGCAGCAUGCUUUCGCCGACCGUCACGAGUGGUGGAAGUCGCAAAUACACGAGCCCAGUGCCACGCUCAACAAAUCGCUCGUCUGGACCGAGGACUAUGCCGAGGAGGGGGACUCUGGGGUUGUGGUCGUCGACAAGUCGCGUCUGGAUGUGUUGAUGGGCCUGCUUCAUGUAGCGUGGCAGAAUACCUAUGAGGUGCGUGAGGAGGUCUCCUAUAAGUUGACCUAUGGCGACAAGGAGACCUGGUGGUUCGGCUUCGAACUCAGCGGAUCAAGCUACGCUUUCGAAAAGCACUACGGCUCUAUGAUCGGCUGGUUCAAGGAAAUGGUUAAUGACACUGCCCAAAGAGUCUGCAGUUUUGUUAUAGGGCAUGUGGAUGUGCGGGAUGAGCCCUUCUGGUAUAACGGUGGUCUGCUGAAGAAUAAGAAGGUUGAUCCCAAGGAAUAUGGCCUGCCGACGCAUACAUUAGUCGACGGGAAGUGGGAAAAGGGUGCAGACCGAACCCAGAUGAGCUGCAUGGUCGGGGAGAAUGUGACGCCAUUGAGCAGGGAAGUGAGUUGGAUUCUGAACAGUUCCAUCACUUUGGCGGAAAGUUUGGACAGGGAGUUUGGCUUUGUUUAG